ACCUCCAAGUCUUCAACUUUCUCCCAAUCCCAGACACCUCGAAGGGGCUCCAAGGAGGGAUCGGGAGGGAUUUUUUGAUUUUUUCCUUUAAUUUUUUGUUGGCGUGUGUUUUUUUUUUCUCCUCUUGGAUCCCGAUGCCAUCCCCCCUCCCCCCAAAGUGAGGUCCUCCCUCCCUCCCUCCCUCCUCCUCCUUCUUCUCGCAGGCCAGCGAAGCAGCCGACCAAGGGGGAGCUGGCGGGUUAGGUGCCCCCCUCUCCUCCCUGCCCUCCCCCCCCUUCCCGGCCCGCUUCUCGCAUCUCCCCCCCAGAGAUGAUGCAGCAGGACGAGUCGAACUCGCCAGUCUCCCCCGCCGACGACAGCUUGAGCAACAGCGAAGAGGAGCCGGACCGGCAGCAGCUGCCCAACGCAAAGAGAGGGGGGCGCAAGCGGCGCUCCAGCCGCCGCAGCGCCGUCGGGGCCGCGGACGAGCCGUGCAGCCCGGCGCAAGGCAAGCGGGGCAAGAAGUGCGGGGCGGCCGGGGGAGGCGGGGGCGGCGGCGGCAGCAGCAGCGGCGGCGGCAGCCCCCAGUCGUACGAGGAGCUGCAGACCCAGCGGGUCAUGGCCAACGUGCGGGAGCGGCAGCGCACGCAGUCGCUGAACGAGGCGUUCGCCGCCCUGCGGAAGAUCAUCCCCACGCUGCCCUCGGACAAGCUGAGCAAGAUCCAGACCCUCAAGCUGGCGGCCAGGUACAUCGACUUCCUCUACCAGGUCCUACAGAGCGACGAGCUGGACUCCAAGAUGGCAAGCUGCAGCUAUGUGGCCCACGAGCGGCUCAGCUACGCCUUCUCGGUGUGGAGGAUGGAGGGCGCCUGGUCCAUGUCCGCAUCCCACUAGCAGGCGGCGUCCCCCACCCGCAUCCCCCCGGCAGGAGCCCUAGGCCGGCUGGAAGCAGGGCCGCUGGAGCCGAGGAGAUGCCCCCGCACCCCCUCCAUGUCCCCCCACCCGCCCGCGGCCCGUCCCUGGGGCGCUCCGCGGGGCCCACGCCUGUCGGGGCGCUGCCGGCUGGGGUCGGCUGCGGUCGUGGGUGUGGGGCCGGAUGGGGCCGGCCUGGAGAGGUCCCUUCCUCACCAACCGCUGCGGACGGAACCGGCGGGGCUUGCCGGGUCGCUUCUCGGCCCGUGUUUCGAAGGGAAUCCGAGGCCCGGCUCCCCGGGAGUGUCAGCCCGGCAGGGACACCCGCUUCGCCCUCCUUCUGCCGAGCACAGAGCGAGUGUUCACGGAGCCAGGCCGGCGGAGGUACUGCUGGGUCUGUCUUGCAUGUCAGUAACAAGUUUUCCGCCCUCUGGGUUUUUGCAGAUGACAUUGUUCCCACAGAAGGAGAAAAUGGACAAUCUAGAGACUCUGAAGUUGGAUACCUUUUUUGUUGUUGUUGUUGUUGUUGU